GUGUAGACAUCAUGUAGUCAUCAUAGCACCGCGUCGGUGUCAUCUUUUGAUGAUGUAAUGAAGCUGAUGGGCGGAAGCCAGAAAGCGAAUACAAGCCGGUAACGGGGCGGAAGAUCCGCCCCUUUCCGGGAGGAUGUCCGUGAAGUCUGAUCCAGUGAGACACGGUAAGGAGUUUCGCCGGCGCAGAAAACUUUGUGACAUCCAGAAGGCUCUAAGCAAAGACCCUCCAGAUGUGGCUGCUCUACGGCGUAUGGCGAUCAGUGAGGGUGGACUUCUGACAGACCAGAUCCGAUAUCAAGUAUGGCCAAGACUGCUUAAUGUCAGCAUGGAGGAUUUGCCUCUUCCUCCAGGUCCUGAGCUUCGUGUUGACAACAAGGAUUAUCAACAGGUCCUGCUGGAUGUUAGACGCUCUCUGAGACGCUUUCCCCCAGGAAUGCCACUUGCAGAACGAGAGGACUUACAGGAGCAGCUAAUCGACAUUAUUCUUCAGGUGUUGAAGCAAAACCCACAACUACAUUAUUACCAGGGUUAUCAUGACAUUGUUGUUACUUUUUUACUGGUGGUGGAGGGGCCGUUGGCUACUGUCCUGGUGGACAAGUUGUCCACACAUCACCUCAGGGACUUCAUGGAUCCUACCAUGGAUAACACCAAACAUAUUCUCAACUAUCUAAUGCCAAUUAUAGAACUUGUGAACCCUACACUACACGACUUUAUGCAGAGGGCUGAGGUUGGCACAAUUUUUGCUCUGAGCUGGCUAAUAACUUGGUUUGGACAUGUUCUCUCUGACUUCAGACAUGUGGUGCGGCUGUAUGAUUUCUUCCUGGCCUGCCACCCGCUAAUGCCAAUAUAUUUUGCAGCUGUGAUUGUGUUACACAGAGAGGCGGAGGUGAUGGAGUGUGACUGCGACAUGCCCUCUGUACAUCAUCUACUGUCACAGAUCCCACAGGACCUGCCUUAUGAGACGCUAAUCAGCAAAGCUGGCGACUUAUUUGUCCAGUUCCCCCCCUCUGAGCUGUCACGGGAAGCCGCGCAACAACAUCAAGCAGAGAGGACUGCAGCCUCCACUUUCAAAGACUUUGAACUGGUGUCCACUCAACAACACCCAGAUACCGUCCUCCGACGACGCUUCAAAGACCCAAUCCGGCCAGAACAUGGAACAGAGUCUGUCCUUACCAAGCCACGCACCAACCGGCUGGUGAAGCUGGCAUUCAUGGGUCUGACAGUUGCACUAGGGGCGGCGGCAUUAGCAGUGGUGAAAAGUGCCUUGGAAUGGGCACCAAAAUUUGAGAUCCAGAUUUUUCCGUAACCGAAGCUAUGAGGAAUAUAAUCCUAUGCUAGCGUGAAAUACAAGAACACAUGGCAGCAUUGUUUGAUCAGUGAUUGAGCUCCGAGUGUGCACAUGGGAACUUAUGUCUGCAAUAAUACCUGUGUGCUAUGAACUCUUGACACUAGCGUCUCUAGCUCAUUACUUUUGUGACAGUCAAACCUCAUGGACAAUUACGCACAUGAAUUUGUCCUCUGUUCUGUCACAUAAUGGGCCAUUUUCACCACUGGCUUUCUCACGUUUGUGUUGAUCUAGAUUCACUUUCCUAACACAUGAAGUAUGUGCGAUACAUCUUACUGUGUCGUUUACAGUUUAAAUGAGCAAUAGAUUGUAUUGCUCGUACAGAGACUAGAAUGGGGACAAAAUCCCCUGACACAGCUUGUAUGGGAGUAAAGAACCACUACUAAUUAUUUACCUGUAUAUAAAGCUUGUACAGUAACAUGGCUCUCUGUAAAAUAUAUCAUUAAUGCUUGAGCCAGUCUCUGCUUACUAGGCCUGUGAUUUUAUACACACUCACACACAUAUACACACAUAUAUACACAUACAUACAUACAUACAAACACAGAUAUAUAUAUACAUACAUACAUACAUACAUACAUACACACAUAUAUAUACACACACACACAUACAUACAAACACACAUAUAUAUAUACACAUACAUACAUACAUACAUACAAACACACAUAUAUAUAUACACACACAUACAUACAAACACACAUAUAUAUAUAUAUAUAUAUAUAUAUAUAUAUAUAUAUAUAUAUAUAUAUAUAUAUACAUACAUACAUACAUACAUACAUACAUACAUACAUACAUACAUACAUACAUAUACACACACAUACAUACAUACAAACACAUAUAUAUAUACACACACAUACAUACAAACACACAUAUAUACACAUACAUACACACACAUACAUACAAACACACAUAUAUAUACACAUACAUACACACACACACACACACACAUAUAUAUAUAUAUAUAUAUAUAUAUAUAUAUAUAUAUACACACACACACCCACACACAUAUAUAUAUAUACAUACGCACACACACACACAUACAUACAUACACACACAUACACACACAUACACAUAUAUAUAUAUAUAUAUACAUACACAUGUAUUUUCCUUUAUAUCUUUAACAUGAUCGCUCCUUUCUUACAUAAAUUAAAUUAUUUACCUUGUGACCAUAUAUAGGUCAAAUAAUACAGCCAAAUUCUAUUUAUCUGGAGAUAUUAGAGACAUUUUUCUAAACAAAAUCCACUGUGCAUAGAGCAGCAAAUUAAAAAAUAUAUAUCUUUUUUAAAAGUACAGCAGUAUUUUGAGUACUUCAUAUUACUGGCUGAUCAGAACAACUCCCAUAUCUAUGUUGGUGGUUAGGGUCACCACUCUGUAAGCCUGAUGGAACAAAAUUGGUUUAUAGGGGGCAGAAACAUGCGUUUUAAAAAUAAAUAAAAAAUACUACACUUUUAAAUAUUUUCUUUUAGAUGAAGCAGAGAAAAUUAUUACAAUGUGACUGUUUUUUUUUUUUUUUAUAUCUUAACUCCUGUAUGGGUGCCCUAACGGUUCAGUUUCAAGCCUUGCCUUUAAAGAUCAUGUUUACAGCGUUACUCACAAUAUUGCCAUAAAAUCGCGUCUGUCACCUAUGUCUGCAUUUAACACGUAUGUUGCUUGUUUAAAAUCUAGCUUUUAUUUUUAUAAUAAAAAGAAGAAAAAACUCAAUGAAAACAGAA